UCCUUGAGAUGAAAGCCCUGAGCGUCAUAUAUAAGGAGAUAGAAGCAGGUUGCUUGAGCACAGGGGACUCCUACAGCCUGUAGCUGGCAGUAUCUUCUAAGAGAACUUCAGAUCCUCCACACAACUUCACUUCCAGAGAGGGAGAGCUUCACCUUCCUCCUCUCCCUGCCACUGCUCCCCGCAGAUACCAUGAUCUGCCUCUCCUCAGAGAAGUUCGACCUCCUUGUGCUAUGGAUCUGUGUCCACACUUUGUGAAGAUCCUCUGGAAAAGAGGGCAUUGAGGACUCACAACCCUUCCUUCAGCUGGGAGAACUAAACUGGAAGGAGCUGCGCUCCUAACAGACUCAACUGGGAGACCUUACUGGGAUUCCUUACACCGGGUUCACUUCUCCGAAGAGGAAUCUUAAGGGAACAAAAGAAAUCGAGGAAAUUAACAGCGCAGGCGAUAUAAUUCGGGGGAUUAUCGGCUCUGAAGAUGAGGGUCCAUUUUUUGGUUGUCGCUUUCUUCGCCUUCGUCUUGGAUACGAGAGUUUGCCGGGGAAUCAAAUGGCUAGCUCUGUCGAAGACCCCGCUGUCGCUCGCCCUGAACCAGACCCAGCAUUGCAAGCAGCUGGAAGGGUUGGUUUCUUCCCAAAUGCAGCUGUGCCGGACCAACCUGGAGCUCAUGCAGACCAUCGUCCAGGCGGCCAAGGAGGUGAAGAAAACGUGCGUCAAGGCCUUCUCAGACAUGAGGUGGAACUGCUCCACCAUCGAGCUGGCACCAAACUUCCAACAGGAUCUAGAGAGAGGUACGAGGGAGUCUGCGUUUGUCUAUGCCAUGUCCGCUGCCACCAUCAGCCACACUAUCGCGAGGGCCUGCACCACGGGGGACAUCCCAGGGUGUUCCUGCGGACCCAUCCCUGGAGAGUCACCUGGCCCUGGUUAUCGGUGGGGAGGCUGUGCAGAUAACCUUAACUACGGUCUUCUGAUGGGAUCCAAGUUCUCCGACGCCCCGAUGAAGAUGAAAAAGUCAGGAUCGCAGGCCAAUAAGCUCAUGCAUCUUCACAACAGUGAAGUCGGAAGACAGGUGUUGAAAGCCUCCCUAGAGAUGAAGUGUAAGUGCCAUGGCGUUUCUGGAUCAUGUUCUAUCAAGACCUGCUGGAGAGGACUCCAGGAACUCCGGGAAAUCGCGAUGGACCUCAAAACAAAGUAUCUGUCCGCGACGAAGGUUGUCCACCGGCCAAUGGGCACACGAAAGCAGCUGGUUCCAAAGGAUAUCGACAUACGUCCAGUGCAGGAAACAGAACUUGUAUACCUUCAGAGCUCACCCGAUUUUUGCUUGAAGAACGAAAAGCUGGGGUCACCAGGAACGCAUGACAGACAAUGCAAUAAAACGUCCAACGGCAGCGACAGUUGCGAUUUAAUGUGCUGCGGUCGCGGAUACAACCCGUACACGGACAAAGUAGUGGAAAGAUGUCACUGCAAAUACCAUUGGUGCUGCUACGUGACCUGCAAAAAGUGCGAGAGGACUGUCGAGCGCUAUGUCUGCAAAUGAAGCGUCUGCUCCAGAAUCGCCAACAAACAAACAAAAAAAAGAAUAAAAGAAUAAAAUCCAUAAAGCGCGCUCCAGAUCCGGAAAGGACUUCUCUUUCACCAACUUUCAAGGAAGAAUACCUUAAAAAAAAAAGAACUAAAUGUGCCAAAGGAGGUUCUUAGUCCUGGGCUCCAGAAAAAUCAACCGAAAAGCAGAACCGGAAAGGACUUCUCCUCGACCGACUUUAAUGGACGCAGAACUAAAAAGGAAAACUAUAUAUGUGCCAAAAAUGCUGAAUAGGUGGGGGGAAAAUGCUUAGAACAGAAUUUCGAGAACAUUCUUUACAUGAACUCUGGUUUUUAAGGACGGAUAGACCUGUAGCUACUCUAGAUUACGGAAAACGUACCCAACAUUGUAAAUAGUCACGUAGAAACCGCUCGCUUUCAGCACCAAUACUAAAAAAAAGAUGAUAUUUUUAAGACGGAUGUUCCGGGGGGGAUUGGCAAUCGGAGAUACGACUUCGAAAAGAGACACGGGGAGUAGCAGCGAUGAAGGAAAGGUGCAAUCAGUCCCAUUCGGUCUCACGUUACCAGGGGGGUCCUCUGCGACCUUCGGAAUCCCACAGAAGAAGACUUUAUGUGUGAACAGCCAAGUUCCAAGCAUCUCAGCCGGUUGUCCUGACGACGGCGUUGACCCACUGUCGGCGGAUGUACAAAUUUUUCUUUUGUAUGCAUAACAUGCAGAGAUAUUUAUAAAUAUAGCAUUUGCUUCUUUUUUUUUUUUUUUCUUUUUUUUUAUUUUAUUUUAUUUGUUUUUCUGUUACUUUUACCUUUUUUUAUAUAUAUAUAUAAUUAAAAGUGUAAGUAUAUAGCUUCAAAAUUUGUAAGAAAAAAAAUGCUAAAGGUAAAUAUAUAAAACGGUUUUUACAAUAUAUUUUUAUAUUAAUUUUCUAUAAUAUUUUAUGAAACGAAGCUUUGUAAAUAUUUUAUGAGGUGUUCACUUUGGUUAAAAAAAAAAAUUAGUUCUUGGGGGUGUCACUGAAACGCAGUUGUUUUUUUUUUUGUUUUUUUUUUAACGUAAACGGCUGAAUUCCAAAGGAGAUUCGCUCCUGGAAGAUCAUUUUUGGACGACUAAUGAUCAACCGGCCACCUUUCCGGUAUCAGCGGGUCGAACGUCCAUUGUUCAUAAAAGACGGACCAUUGUAUGACCUUCCAUUGUUCGAAAUGUACGCUCCUGACGCGUCAGGUUUACUCUUCCCAGAGGUCAAAAUGUCAAUAAAAUAAUGUUGUGUUUUUUUGGUGGA